UUGACUUAGACAUAAUCGUCUGGACUCUUAUAAGGAUGAUUCAAACACAAGAUACACCUCUUAGGUACAGCUGCAGUCUUCAUCCGCUGUCCGAUGACAUUCUGKGUMUAAUUACCCUGUCUGUAUGAAGUGUUAAGGUAACUUGUAUAAAAGGAAAAAAAAGUUAGACAUUUACAGAGGGAUUAGUGAAAAAGUGUAUUUUGAGUCCAACUUGAUCUCUCAGUCCUAAUUUGCACAUGAAGCCACGAUGAGGAAGCAUCGGAGCGUUACAGAGCCUCAUGCAUCRCUACAAUAUCAUGGAAACACUUUUCAGUAUCAACAAGAAUUGGAUAACUUCACCAAAUCUGUCAUUGAGCUAGAAGCCGUUAUUUGCCAUACAUCAGAGAACCCAAAUCCAGAGAUUCUCCACGAAAAAAGUGCAACUCACACUCUCUAUUUGCCUCAGGGGGCAGACAGAUUUGAACUAAGACAGUGUCAUGCAAAUUUGAAACAAUUUAGAGACUUAGAAUCAUGUACAGAUGAAUUAGUUACCAAAAGACAGCAAGUUUUUCAAUCGCCAUUGAAACAGUCUACUUCAAUURUUGGUGAURUCRACGGAAAUGGGCCGAAACAAGGCAUCAAUGGCGGACCGUUGUUUAGAGACGAAUCUGAGAGUCAUAUUCUUGGUGGCAUUCAUCUAUCKAGAGUKUACUUUUCUCAACACUCUAUCAAUGGAAAGCAAACUUUGCAAGAAGCACAAAGUGGAGAUGUUCAAAYAAUGAAUGAGACAUCAAGAAAAAGUGAAAAUAAAACUCGAAGUAAACGUCGAAAUGUUCAAUUUGAUGAGCGUGAUGCAAAGAGAUUAUUACCGAUGGAAGCUAAGAAGCACCCCAGUCAUCCGAAUCCAUCCACCAACAAGCGGAGCAUCAAAGGGCUAUUUCAAAAAACUUCAACCCAAAGCAAAAAAUUGCAUCGACAUAGAAUGUUUUCAGAUAAGUACGUUUAUUUUUUUUCGGAGUCUGAACACUCUAGCCUGAACACCGAUAAGRAACACUGUUCACAGUUUAAGCAGCACAACUCUGGCUUUAGUGGAAAACAGCAAGAYGCCAGCAYAAGCUCACCAAGUGCUCAGCAGAGAAAGACYUUCGAAACCARUUUUGAAAAGGAGGAARAAAAUGACUCAUCAGAGAUGCAGGUUGUCGUGGACAAUGAUGGGCGAGUGUUGGUGAAUGUUCUUCAUGGUAAACAAAAGACCAAUCAGCAACCACCAUCMAACACUCAUCAAAUUGAUCUUCAAAGACCUAAAGAGGGCUACGUAAACAAACAUGAACAUGAUAUGUAUGAUAAAAAUCCUCCUCGUCAAGAAUCUAGUCUGCCUGCCGGACAGACUAGACACAUUUAUGCAAAAAUGAAACUUGACAGUUCGUUUUCAGCAUUACACGACGCUACGCACUUCCAAGAUAUGAACAACGAGCAAACUCUGCUAUAUCCAAGAGGUUAUGGAAACAGGGUUCUCGUGGUGCGCAAUGAUGAAAAACCUAGUGGAAACGACCCUGCUUUUCCCAACAACAUUCCAAGGUACGUACAAAGAGACUGUGAAUAUGGCCAUCAUGACCAUGAAGGACGUUACCAACCAAAAACCCUCCCAACCAGUCAUGAUAACCACUUCCGAGAAAGACAACCAGCGCGUUCUGYAUUUAACACUGUAGCAAAGAGAAGCUCUUUUAUUAACUAUCARGUCAAUACAGAACAAAAAUCAAGAAACGAUGGURUUGGUGAUACAUCUUGUCAAAUCCAUAAMCCGAUGGGCGAUAGGCGAGCGACUAGCUUCUCUCAAACAAAUCCUGAUCACUCCUUUACAUCGCAUCAAAAAGCAACACCCAAGACAAUACCUGAGUCACAAGAAACUAGCCAACCAAAUKUAAAUACCAGCGAMGUGGAAAUUGAUGUCAACAAUUCACAAUCACGCAAGGAUCUCACUGAAGACAAAAGUAACGCACACUUGAGCAACAGCAAUGAGCAAAGAUACCGGUGUGACUGGCCAGCAUGCACUAAAGCAUUUCGUCACUACUCGUUUCUAGUCCUUCAUCGACGUAUACACACCGGAGAAAGGCCCUACAAUUGUUCCUGGGAAGGGUGUAACAAGCAGUUUCGACGAUCAGACGACUAUCAGAGACAUUAUCGAGUGCACACCGGCGUCAAGCCWUAUCCCUGUAUCAUAUGCGGCAAAGCAUUCAAGCGUUCUGAUCACCGACUUUUCCACUAUAGGGCCAUUCACAACAUGUAUAAACAAUAACCACAAUAUGAACUACUAGAAGACUCUUGAGCUGUGUGCAAAACCCGUGAAACAAAAUGCAGUAGUCCAACAGCCUCACCAUUUCUAUUUUAGUAGAAUUCACGUUAUAAACAAUAAAACUUUUUAUUAGAAUAAAAAAUACAACGAAUUCAAAACUUAACUCCUGAAACAAUGGAGAAUAGACCCUUGUAGAGGUGCAGUAGUCAAGUAGACACGAUAGCGAAAAACAGUUUAUAACRGUCUGCAGAAAUACAUGGAAUGUAUAGAUUGCAAUAGUAUGUCAAGCUAAGAACGAAAAAUAAAAUUUGCAAUGGAUUUUGA